UAAUCCCUAAUCAAAUUUUUCCAUUGGCAAAGUUUUCGUCAGCCUUGUGAGUGUGUACUUCUGUCACCGGCGUUGCCAUUGGCUGACCAGUCAUAAGCAUGGCCGUAUUGUCUGCCCUGAUUCUGAUGACUAUACCUAUUCCUGAUAUGCUGAUAAUGACAUUAGGCCCUAACCAUGUAUAUCAAUCAUUCCAGCCCUGUCAAGCUAUACAUACGCUCUCUGUGAAGCCCCUCUCUGCAGAUCUGCCUUAGGAGCAGACGGACAAUUUAAACACCUGUGCAACAGAAGAUCAAGGCUAUAACUGGCACUGCUAUUGGAAGAAAUUUGUUAAUGGAGAUCGCUUAGAGAAAUCUGUGCCUUUGGAAUUGUCAGACAUUCAUUCACUUAAACUUUCCAUUCAACUUUUUUUGCCUUCAGAAAAAUCCUGAAGGUACCAUUGUCGUCGUCUGAUUUUGACUGUUGAGAAAGUCGGAGAUGUGUUUGUGGUAAUUGUGCCUUUGUAGCUUUUUUGUGGCCAUCAUUACAAGGGGACAACAUUGGAAAGAUUUGUCAACUGGAACAAAUGGAGAAGUGUUUGUCUGCUAUUUUCUGGCAGAUCUGAAGACUAUCUUAUACAGUGAGGAGCUUAAGUCAUCCAAUCAUGCUUUGCGGUUGACAGGUAACUCUUCAGUUCCGAAGAUUUCGAAACUCCUGUCAGCUUCCUUUGACAGUUGGCCCUCCAUACAAUAUCAGUUUAAUGAGGAAAAACUUCAUUUUUGUCAAGUUUGUGUUUCUGAAAGCCUCAAAUUGGUGACAGUCAUAUUUUCAGGACGAUAUUAUUGCAAAGACUUUGACAAUUGUGUUGUCGAGAGACAGUGAGCAAUUAUUGAUCAGAACUCAUCGUGUCUGCCUUCACGAUUCUGGACAAUCCGCCUCCCUUGUCAACUGAGGUAUUUAUAAACAAACAUUGCAUAGGUUUGUGUUAAUGGGACGGCUGCUAAUAUACCUAACAAGCUCACACAUCUAUGUCAUUACAGAGCCUGGACGUGCUCUUGCCUUUCAGCUUUACAUUUUGAAAAAUUCCAGUGUCAGACACCAGUGCAAAUACAAACAAUGAUAGCAUCAGUGCUCGUACAAGAAAUGAGUGUGUAUCACGACGACCAACUCAACGAUGACAGCCGCCCUCUCUCACAGGUAUGCUGCGAAGCGAUAUCGACAACAGGCGUAAUGAACGUGAAAUAACUGCCGAGGAAAUCGCUAUUGGCAAGUCAGGCUCGUACAAAGUACAGAAAUUACCUUGCUAUUAACACCUGUGUGAGCUGUGGAACUGCCUUUCGUGCACGCUCGACCAUAUGUGAUUCGGUGGUGGCCAAAGAGGAUGUGAUCAACCUGCAACAAAAGAAUUUCUUUCACCAUAUUGAGAAUUAGUUGACAGAGUGUGUGGUAAACUGCUUAACCUUGUUGAGACGUUCCUUGCAGCUGGGAUACAGUGUGAUCAUUUCUGUGGAUCCUCAAAAGUAGGAGAAGGGAAAUCGUGACUUGAUUAACAUACUUUUUCAAUACUUAAGGAUUUGGAACUCUGUCAAGCAGAGACAUUUAUCCAUUUUUUAUUUCUUGUUUGUAUUUUUUGUUGCGAUUAUCAUGCUUGGAAUCCUUGGCAGUGGAACAGGAAGAAAUGAUGUCAUUAACAAGUUGUUGAAAUUUUAAUUUCAAUUUCUUUAAUUUGAAUAUUUGCAAUUUUUUUCGGCAAGUUGUGAUAAAACAGUUUCAACAUGUCUCUUGCUCUUUUUGAAAACUCUUCCUUGAACUUGUCCCUUCAUCGUAAUGACACCAAUGAUUCCGGUUUGGCUGGCCCCUCCGCCACAGCCUUGCAGGUCGGUGCCAUUGUGAUGCUGAUGUCGUUGAUGUGGGGCGUCUUUGCCAACGUUCUUACAAUGAUUGUGAUUCUUACAGAGCGGGAACUGAAAAACAUCACAAACAUUUUCAUCGUGAGUCUAUGUAUCAAUGACAUACUUAACCUGGGCAUCAAUAACCUGUUGGUGUUGGUAUCUUACUUCAUGAUGACCUGGGCGACGGGGUCCAUUGUUUGUGAGAUGGUGACUCAUUUCACAGUCCUCCUCAUGGGUUCGUCUCUGUGGCACACAGGGCUCAUAGCUAUUCAUCGACUCAUCGUCGUCGUUUUCAACACCUUCUACAAGAAAAUCUCCAAGAAGGCAUACACAAUAUUCGUCUUGGUUGCUGCAAGAGUUGUCCCACUUUUGUUUCUCAUUCAACCGCACCUUGGCUACAUGUCCCAGUACCAACCAAAACUGCUUCGCUGCGUUGUGAAAAAAGGUUUUGGCCUCUAUACAAUGUUGGUAUCCGUUGUUUUAAUGAUGUUGCCAUCGCUUGUUCUUAUUGUGUGCUAUAUUGCCAUAUUUGUCAAAGUGCAUCAGUCGUCAAGCGCAUUCCGAGCAAGUCGAAAACGGGAAUGGCUGCGCCGUGAGAUACAAAUCACAAAAAUGUUCGGGCUUGUAUUUCUUCUGAUUAUUAUCGGUUAUUUGCCUUAUGGUAUAGUCCGUAGCAUUGAUAAAGGACUUAAAUUUAGUGCUGACUUCUAUGUUGCGAUUACAGUACUGUACGCAGUUGCCAAUUCCUGUAACCCAAUCAUAUACGGUGUUAUGGACCGAAAAAUCCGAAGAGCUUGUUUCCGAGCUCUUGGUUUGGAGGAAAGGUGUAUGACAGAAGAACGAUCGAAAUUACGAAAAGCUUCCAUAAAGUCCAACGGUGAAACGAACGCUGUGAGUGAUGUGAACACUGAAGCUGUUCCAUUAAACUCCCAAGUUCCCCUGAAGUGAACACGGUGAACAUUGUUUAAACAAUUGCGAACUGUAUGAACAAUUGUAAAAAUGGAAAGGUUUAGAUACUGAACUGUAGGCUAUUUAUGUUGGUAUAUGAUGUACAUAUUGUAUAUACUGGUAAAAAACACUGGAUAUUGUUUAAAGUUCGGUGCCACGGGAACCAUGUACAAGACAUGUUAUUUUUCUUCACAUGAUUAUUUUUUGCAUAGUGCUCUUGCCUGCUUUUGUGCUAAGAUCCUGGUCGUGAAGCAAGAAUGCAAAUGAUAUGUUCAGGACAGAAAGUAUAACUUGUAUAAAUGUUUAGGCUGUGAAAAAAAGCACGACUGUAUAUGUUUUUAACACCAGUUGGUAAAAAACAAACAUAUGUACAUAAAUAUGUGUGUAGUGAAAGUGUAUAUUUCAAACGAUGUAUGUUUCAUUUCAUAUGAAUGUCCCAAUAUAUGUGGUAAUAUUAGUGCAAAAUUGUUUGAGAAAUUAAUUUAUGUUCUUGGAUAUGUUUUCUAUAAGUCUUAUUUGAAACACAUAUGAUUGAAGUCACAUAUGAUUAAUAAUGUAAAAUGUUUGACCAUCAGUGAUUCAACUUACAAAUAUUAAAUAUCAUAAUGUGAAUCAAUAUUAUAAUUUGGUUUUGGCAUUAAAUAUAUAAUUAAUUUAUAACAGUAGACUUGAAGAAUUCUUUUCUUUUUUCCUUUAUGCUAUGUUAAAUAGUAUUACUUAUUUUGAAUAUAAUUCCGUUCACAAUUUUUAUGUUUUUUCACAAAAUAAUGAAUUCUUGUCUGCUAAAAAUGAAUUUCCAUCUUUCAUAUAUAUAUGUUUAUGAGAAAUAUUGGUGAUGUAUAGCAUUGACAGAAUAUUGUUUGUAUAUAUGAUUAAAGAGGAUAUUGUUGCCAUUUCUGUGUAUAUUUCAGCACCAUGUGAUCUGAGCAAUGUUUCUGUUAUGAGUUUCACAGAUUUGAGAAACGUAGUUUAUCUUUUUGUUCUCCAUCCAAGAGACCCCUUUUCAUGCAUUCAUAGUUCAACAUGCUCUUGAGAGCUGUACUUGUCCGUUGUUAUGUUGAAAUUACAAAAAGUACAAUUAUCUACCAGAACUCUAAAUGCAUGAACUUCAGAAUAAAAAGAUGAACUACACACUCCUUGUGAAGCUACCUCAUGUUAGAUUUAGAAGUAUGUCACUUGUAUUCAAUAUCUGUUAUCAUUGGUGUUAGUGAAUGAAUACCAAAUUUGGUACUACAGUGGUUUUGUGAAUAUGAUCACUAUUGCUGAAAAUACAUUGGAAGGAAACCAUUCACACUGACCAACUGCAUCUUUGGAACUCUGCUUAUUAAAGAAAGUCUUUAACAAAGGAUAAGGUCUGUUCACCAGUUCUGUUCAGUAUUUGAUAAGUGAAUAAUUAUUUUGCUGAUAUUAUUAAUUUUUUUAAUCUGUUCAGUUUACUGAAAUCAUUUAAAAGUUAAAUCCAUCCUUUUAUAAGAGUUAAACUUUUCAUGUAAAUAUUUUACAUGCUUUUGAAAAGAAAUUUGGUUCGGCAAGGAUCAGCAUCAUUGAGCACGUUUCCUAAAGUUGAGAAAUUUUAUUACUUUGGGCUCCUUCCGUAUUAAAAAUGGACAUGCUGGAUGCUACUGAAAAAUUAUUACAACCGUCUUUGACCUUUCAGGAGUUUCUGAAACAGAAAAUGUUGCUAACACAUAACCAACUGUUGAUAUUUACACCUGAACAAGCACUGCAAUAUCAGUGACAAGGUGCUGCCAAGUUUGUUAGUUGAGUGUUUGAAAACCUCAGAUAUAUCUCUUCGUUUUUGUUCAGUUAUACGCUUUUAUAACAAACUGACUGAAGGGUCAAAUUGGUGUCACCAGAUGAUAGAUGAAAUGUUUGGGCUCUUUCCCGGAUGUAUCACUAUUCAUCAGAUGAACAUGUGUCUAUCAUAAAUCACAUACUUUUGUUUGUCCACACAUCUUCAGAAACAAAAUUGCCAUUUUAUAAGAUAUUUAUUUAGAUUAGAAAUAAGUAUAGCAGUCAUUCUGGUAAGCAUCCAGGCCAUUGAUCUGUCAGUUUCAUCAUCAACUUGUCAUCAAAGAAAUAUAACAGUGUAGAUCUAAGUAGAUCGUGGUGUACGUUUCAUCCAUUUACUGUGGUCCAUUUCAACUUAAGUGUCAGUAUCUCCAAGAUCAAAGUCAAUGGACGAAAUGGGUUUUAAGAUACAGCUAAUGUCAGAUCAGUAAGUGAUCUAUGCGUGUAUCUAUGUGAGCUUAUCUCGUAAGGAAGUUGUUUCUCCUGUGUUGCGAUAUUGUUGCCUGAUGUGUUGAAUACAGGAGUACAGAAUAAAGUGCCUGUGUUUA